CAUUUGAUAUAAACAAUUCAAUAUUUUUUAACAGUUUUUUGUAUUUGUUUAUUUUAUUUUAUUUUUUGCUGAAAAAUUUCCUUUGCGGCAUAUCUCAAAAUCAACUAAAUUCCUUGCGCAUGCCUUUCUUUCAGCCUCAUCGAAAGUCUACCAGAAGAACAGUAUUGAGUUUGGCUUUGAAUGAAGUGAGCCCGCGUGUAUCAUAUCAAGAUGCGGAUGAAAAUAUUAGCCGAAAAUCCAGUGGUCUCUUUCAGCCCUCAUUAGUUAUAGCCAGUCGAUCACCACAUAAAUCGCUUGAAGGAGAGAUAUAUCAGUUAAACGAUGAUGUGGAUAUGCGCUGCACACAUAACCAUGACAAGGCGGAUGCGAAGGAUUUGCUGAGUCGGGAGCCGAGUUUCACAAUGGCAUUCCACAAUAAUAGCUUGUUAAGCUACAAGGAAUCCGCGCGUAAAUAUGAAAAGCAAUUUCAAUAUGAAAUUUCCCGACUUCUGGAAGCGCAGCCGACCGCUUACGAGGUUGUGAGUUUGCACAGGCAUCUGAGCUACACCACCUUAUGGCCGCCAUUGCAUAAUCGUCGUGAAUUGGCAAGAUCUAAAUGUCUUUUUUCGAACUACACCUGGAAGCAAAAGAAACACUUGUACAAAUUAUUGCAAUAAAGUGAAUGUUUUUAUUAAAAUAAUCAAGAGAUAACUAAGUUCGGGUGAGAUCGUA